AUGUCUUUGGUGAAGCUUGCUAAUUUCUGCUGUCACAUAAAGAACUGCACCAACGUGAAUAUUACCAGGACCUCGGUGCCAUUCAACCGUGGACAUUUACAACUUGCUUUCCAAUUAUAUAGGGAAGGAUUCAUUUCAUCGAUACAAAAGGGAUCAACCAGUGGACCGGAUAAAAACCCUGUGGAAGUGACCCCUGAUAAUAUAUCAUCUAGAAGAUUGUGGUUGGAUUUAAAGUAUAGAAACAAUGAACCAGUUAUACGUGAAUUCAGUUUAAUUUCGACACCAGGACGUAAAGCCCAUUUAACUGAUGUUGAAGUAAAAGCAUUAGCAUCAGGGUUACAAGUUAGAUUCAUCAAACCAUUACAACCAUCUGAAUGUUUAUUUAUUCAAAACAAAAAGAAGGAAAUAUUGGAAAUUCAAGAAGCUGCUAAAAGGGAUGAACUGGGGUUAGCAUUAUGUCGUAUUAGAUAAUGGUC